UGUGAGUGUGUGUGUCUGCUAUUCAAUAUGGCGGUCAUUACGAGAGGAGGGGGACAACUUGCGUGGAUUUGCCUUAAGCCCUGCGAGAGGAGACGUUAAUUUUCUGUGCGGUAGUCAACACUCAGUUAUUAAAGACAAGCAGGGGAAACAAAUGGCUUAGCGUCUACCCCUCUAGAAAUAUUUUAUCUAUAUAUGGAACACGCGAAGCUGCGUGGAGGGUCCGGCAUGAAAUUUCCGUGUCUGCUUCUUAAAGGAGGGGCGCUGUUUUGAUUUUCGCGUUGGAAAGUUAACACCGUUGCCUGUACCUUUCCUUUCCUCGUGUCCCGUGAGAAGUGGGUUUCAGACGCCGCCUUGUUCUGAGGCCUGGGACAUUUUCUUGGGGAUAUUUAAAGUUUGGGAUUGCACGCCAGGUGAACGUGUUUCUAAGUGAAGGCGGAAUGCUGCGCUCUUCUUGAUUGUAGGUGCAGCCUGUGGGGUGCUCGCUGUUGGGACUGGUGUUCUGAUAACUGAAGGCGGAUUCAUCACAGCAAGAUCAAACGAGACCAGCAUUUUGGAUUAUUAACCUCUUCGAGUUGGCCUUGUAGGUGCCCCGGAAAAUGAACGGGUAAAAGUGGCUGUCCGUGUUGUACUCGCUAGGCCGGCCGAGGGGGGCUGGUCCGGGUGGAUUGUUAUUCUCACCUGAUUCGCAGGUGAAGCCGCAAUGACAUAUCUGUAAGGUGUGCUAAAACCGGUGCUUAUUCUUUCGCCAGGACCUUUAAAUGAUCGGCUACUUGCCUCCACACUUUAUGUGCUUCAGAGGAAAUCUGAAAGAGAGGUUGCUGCUCCCGCCGAAGGUUGCCGCCUGUGCUGCUGCUUCGAUCCGGCGUGAUCAAUAAUGGGCCUCUUGGCGGACGGACGGGAAGGUGGAACAGAUAUCCAACAAGCUGUCCGCUCCUAGUGCAACCCUUCUAUGUGGCUUACUGCUAAAUAUACUGUCGUCAUUCCGCAUUUAGCAAGAAAUCUGCAAGUCAGCCGGCCGCAGUGCCUCCUGAAACCUGUUCUUUCCCCUGUGCUGCUAGUGACGUGCCCCGGCUGUCAUCAAUGCCUUCCGCUUUGGCGGUCUUCACCUGCCGGCCCAACUCGCAUCCCUUCCAGGAGCGCCAUGUGUACCUGGACGAGCCUGUCAAGAUCGGGAGAUCGGUGGCCCGCUGUCGCCCGGCGCAGAACAACGCCACGUUUGACUGUAAGGUGCUGUCCCGGAACCAUGCCCUUGUUUGGUUCGACCACAAGACUGGAAAGUUCUAUUUACAGGAUACAAAGAGCAGUAAUGGAACUUUCAUCAAUAGCCAGCGCUUAAGUAGAGGAUCUGAAGAAAGUCCACCAUGCGAGGUUCUUUCUGGCGACAUUAUCCAGUUUGGGGUGGAUGUAACAGAAAACACUCGCAAAGUUACACAUGGCUGCAUAGUUUCUACAAUUAAACUGUUUUUACCUGAUGGCUUAGAAGCACGACGACGAACAGAUGUUAUUCCAGCUCCCUUGCCGCUUCCUGUUGAUAAGGCAGCUGCUAAUGCUCCCAGUAUGUAUUCUCAGGAACUCUUUCAGCUGUCACAGUAUUUACAGGAGGCCCUACAUCGGGAACAAAUGCUUGAGCAAAAAUUGGCCACCUUGCAGCGAUUGCUGGCUAGUACACAGGAAGCAUCGGAGAGUAGCUGGCAGGCCUUAAUAGAUGAAGACAGGCUGCUUUCAAGAUUAGAGGUGAUGGGAAACCAGUUGCAGGCCUAUUCAAAAAACCAAACUGAAGAUGGUAUUAGGAAAGAACUGGUAGCCUUACAAGAAGACAAACACAACUAUGAGACAACAGCCAAAGAGUCCCUGAGGCGGGUUCUUCAGGAAAAAAUUGAGGUUGUCCGAAAACUGUCUGAGGUGGAGAGAAGCUUGAGCAACACUGAGGAUGAAUGUACCCAUCUGAAAGAAAUGAAUGAGCGAACACAAGAAGAGCUCAAAGAGCUGGCUAACAAAUAUAAUGGAGCUGUAAAUGAAAUCAAAGAUCUUACAGAUAAGUUAAAGCAAGCAGAGGGCAGGCAGGAGGAGAUCCAACAGAAAGGACUGUCAGAAAAGAAAGAGCUGCAGCACAAAAUUGAGGAAAUGGAGGAAAAAGAGCAAGCACUACAGGCCCGUAUUGAAGCCUUACAAGCAGAUAAUGACUUCACCAAUGAAAGGUUGACUGCAUUACAAGUACGUUUAGAGCAACUUCAAGAGAAAAAUAUAAAGGAGCACAACAGUUUAGACCACUUUCUUUUAAAGAGUGGAGGGGACAGCACAUUUAUCCAACAGUUCAUUCAGUGCCAGACUGUAAGGCAAAUAAAAGAACAAGUAGACUCCACCCAUAACAAUAAGAAUGCUGGUUUCGAAGGUGUUAUUGAUGCUCGGCUAGACAGCAAUCAAAAUACAGAUGAAAAUUUUCUACGGACCCCUGAUAAGUUAAAAGCAAAGCUUAUAGAUGAUGAGCAUCUGCUGAGAGUAAUGGAAGAAACCAAGCUCUUAAAAGAAAAUCAAGUUGAAGCAAAGGAAUCAGAUAUGUCUGAUACACUUAGCCCCAGCAAGGAGAAAAGCAGUGAUGACACUACAGAUGGUCAAAUGGAUGAACAUGAGCUGACCGAGCCACCAAUUAAAGUUUCUCUGUUAAAAGAUGAAGUGCAACGUUUAAAUUUUGACAGUGGGGACACUGAGAAGGUGAUACAGCAUUUACAUAAAGAACUUGUAGAAGCGCAAGAAUUGGCCAAAGUUGGCAAACAGAAAUGUGUUGAACUGCAAGCCUUACUUGAAGAAGAACGAAGAUCUAGCCAGCAACAGGCCGAGGAAUCGAAAAAACAGAUCCAGUUUCUUCAAGCCCAUUUGCACAAGCUGCAGAAGGAUAUUGAAAUUCUUAAGGAGGAAAAGGAAAGCGAGAUCUCAGACACGAGAGAUGAUCUCGCUAAUGCUCAAGAGGAGAUUUCAGUGAUGCGACAUGCUAUGGAGGUGGCAACAUCAGAGCGGGAGAAAGAAAUAGUCUUUCUGCAGGAGGAUCUCGGCACAGUGCGACUUGAGCUGGAGAAAUGGCGUAAAGCUGCCUCCCAGUAUGAAGAAGAAAUCACUGGAUUGCAGGCCAACUUCCAGUUUCAAAGUCAGCAGAAGGAGAGGACUGAGGAACUUCAAGAAGAAAUCGAGAAGCUUCAAAAGGAGUGUCUGAGACUACAGAGGGAAUGUGCUGCUUUGCACAAAGAGCGAGAGGGCCUUCUUGAAAAGUUGCAGCAGCUUGAGAAGGAGCUGGACAGCUCUCGCAAACACAGUGUGGAGCUGACCAGUAACCUUGGAGUACUGCAAAAGACUCACAAAGAUCUGGAGAACAAGAUUGGUGCUAUGGAAGAGCAACACCAGCAGGAUGCCAGUGGUCUCAAAAACCUUCUUGCAGAAGCAGAUAGUCGGGCACAGACAUUGCAAAAAGAGUAUGAGGAAACUCAAACCCGUAUCUUGGAGUUGAAAGGCAUGUUUGAUAAAACAGAACAAGAAAAGCAGUCACUAGCUGAAGAGCUCCAAAUGUGCAAAGCCAACCUGAAAAUGCUGCAGGAGAAAGGCAACAAUCCAUCCAUAUCGCAGCCUGUCCAAGCCAUUUUCAUCGGCCUUAUCCUGGUUUUCCUGUAUUGGUGUUUCGGCCCAUUGUGGUAGAAAGGGGCAGUGGCUGCCAUGGAUGCCAGUGGUGGCAGUGCUGGUGGCAGUGACAGUGGUUGUGCUAUACCCAUGUUUCUCCAGGGCCUCUAACUAAAAGCUUCUUUGGUCCAACUCACAUUACACAUCUUUCCACAAACUGCUGCUUCCAUCACGGCUGGGACAACUUGACCUGAUUUAGUUACUUUUAUCUCAAAAAAAAAAAAAAAAAAUCACACCCUAUUCUGGGAGUACAACAAUAGGAUUCUUGCUUUAAUUGUAUAAAGAAACAUGUAACUGUAUAUAUAUAUAUGUAGAGGGAAUAAAAAUGUGGCUUCUAAUCUAGAUAAAACCUUAUUUGCAGUUUUCCUUGUUAAUUUUUUAAGCAGCACCAUGGGAUUUUGAAAUAUUACAGUGGCCUAAACUAGGCCUUUUGGUACCACACUAUUUUUUCGUGAAUUUUGGUGUGUUUUUACAAUAAAAUGCAGUGGCCACAUUAGUGGGUAAAUGUGGUUUUCUGAUUUGGUAUGCAAGCCAAAUAUGUAGUACGUACAUGGGGCACAAAGAAUCAAGUGCCUGGCUUUAGUUGUUCCACUUGUUUUUCACAAAGGUCAUCCUCUAGCAUGUCACAAAGUAUUCUGCGAUACUGCAGGGAGCCCCUUAAUCUGUUACUUCAUUCGACAAACUUCACCAAAUCUUUUUUUUAUUUUGUUUUUUUGCCUGUCUUGUUCAUUUGUGAAUGAAUGAAAAGCUCCACAUACUUCAGCUUGGGUACUUUGUAUGAGUCUUCAGUGCAUUUUUAUGUCGUAAAGUCAAAAUUAACAGUUGUCGAACAUGUUAAUGAACACUACAGAUUUUGAUUUAAAAUGAUGUAAUUCUUCGUUUCCAUUUUAUAUAUGGUAAAUAUUUAUAUGUAUGCUUGGGGGUUCCAUGUUACUAGGAAACACUGAAAUCAGCUGAUGCAAGAACAGGCCACUGGACACCCAUUUUGUUCAUAUGUUACGUCCACAUCCCUCAAUAUCAAGUGCUGCAUGCAGCAAUGUAUUCUGUGAAAAAACCAGAAUGAGAAACAUGCAGAAAAACACAAAAAUCUACAUCACUUCAGCCUUAGAAAUAUCAUGAACAUGCACGAAAUGAAAGGCACACAUAAUAAGGUCAAGACUCCAAAAUAUGGCACAUGUUCUACAACAGUAAUGUCUGCUUUGGUUAAGACUCAGAUAUAACACAUGUGCUAAAACAAUAACAUCCACUUUGGCAAAGACUCCAAAAUAUGGCACACACACUUAAAACAAAAAUGUCUGUCUUCAGUUAAGAGUUCAAAAUAUGGCACACGUGCUAAAAGAAUGAAGUCUACUUUGGUUAAUACUCGGAUAUAACAUACAGAAGUUCUGUUUCAGUCACGACUCCAAAAUUUGGCACAUGUGCUUAAAACAGCAACGUUUGCUUUGGUUAAGACUCAAAUAUAACGCGGUUUGCUCAAACAGUGACAUCCACUUUGGUAAAGACUCCACAAAAUAUGGUACAUGUGAUUAAAACAAAAACGUCUUCAGUUAAGACUCAAAUAUGGCACAUGUGCUUAAAACAAAAAUGUCUUCAGUUAAGACUCAAAUAUAACGCGGUUUGCUAAAACAGUGACAUUCACUUCGGUAAAGACUCCACAAAAUGUGGCACAUGUGAUUAAAACAAAAACGUCUUCAGUUAAGACUCAAAUAUGGCACAUGUGCUUAAAACAAUAAAAUCUUCUUUGCUUAAGAAUCGAAAUUUUGACACGCAUGCUAAAACAAUUAACAUCUACAUUGGUUAUGACUCAAAUAUAAUGCGUCCUAAAACAAAAAUGUCUUCUUUCAGUUAAGACUCCAAAAUUUAGCACACAUCCUUAAACAAUAAUGUCGUCUUUGCUUAAGACUCCAAAAUAUUUGACCCACAUGCUAAAACAGUAAUGUUGGCUUCAGUUAAGGCUCCAAAACAUGCCACACAUGUAAAUCAAAAACGUCUACUUCGGUUAAGACUCCACAGUAUGGCACAUGUGCUAAAAACAAAAAGUCAAUUUCACUUAAGAGUCCAGAACUAUUCUGGUGUGUGCGAGAUUAUCAAUACUGUUAAAAAAGUGAACAGUCGUCCCUUCUAUUACUAUUAGUAAGCGUUGGUUAGAAACAUAAGAGGUGCAGUCGAAAGAGUUUUAAAACUGUUUUAACGUUUUUUGUUUUUUUUGUAUUUUGCUAAGUUAGAAGCCAUCAGAAUUGUUCUCCCUCUUAGGAAUAAGGAUGGUUUUAAAAUCCUCUUUUAGAGUCGAUUAUUGGUGAAUUUAAAUAACGCGUUCUCAACGUAACUUAGGUCUCUUGCGCUAAACUUUGAUGUUAUGGUUUACAUUGCUGCAGAAAUGCACAGUUCCGUAGACAUGACCGAUAUAAAUUUGGACAUCUUUACACUUAAUUGUCAGGACUUUCACUGUAAUAUUUUUGUAAUGCACAGGUGGAAACCAACUUAGCUGAAUUUCGUGCAAAGCCCGAGAGUGCUUUAAAAAAGACGGCACAGACCGAUACAUCGGGGAAUUUCCCUCAGCGCACUAUUUUAAAUAAUUCUGUAUUUUAACUUUAAAGGUGGAAUGUGGUUUCUUAGUAAUGUGUAUGAGAUUUUUUUUUUUUUUAAACUGUUGAAUUUGUCUGGAGGUCCAUGUAACCUUUAGGAGGGUUUCUUUCAGUUCUGUUUGUUUGAGUUUGAUGAAUCGUUCGUUAGUCAGUGAGCGAGUGUCUGGACAGGAACUGUACAAACUUAAGUGUUCUAUGGUUUUCCAUUAUAAAAAGCCGCCCAGUCAUACUACAUCCUUAUGCCAGUGGUACUUCGGAGUACCUCCUGUAUAUAGUUUGUUUGCAAAUAUUGUUCUGAGAUGCUAAACUUCAAAAUUACGUUUUUUAAGUAAAUAAUUGUUUAAAAUAUAUUUUGUAAAGAUAUGGAAAGUACCAUAGAAUUUCUGGAAAAUAGAGGAAUUUAUUUGCACUAACACAUGUGAUGUGCAUGAUUUAAUAAAACAAAAUUUACUCUCA